CUAACUCGUUUAGAUAGCUCGCAAUUAUCUGGUAGUAUACCAUUGGAGAACUCGUAUUUGAAUUUACUUUACGCGUCUUCGUUUAACUCCUACGUAUCAUCCUUGUUUUCGUCGUCCGAAGAUCCGACUAUAACCGAAAUCAAAAUGCCAAUUGAUUUUUAUCAACUUCCUGGAAGCGCUCCGUGCCGUGCCGUUGCAUUGACGGCUGCCGCGCUUGGUAUCGAAAUGAAUUUUAAGGAAGUUAAUUUAAUGAACGGAGAUAACUUAAAACCAGAAUAUUUGAAGAUAAAUCCACAGCACACGAUACCUACAAUCAAUGAUAAUGGUUUCUCCUUGUGGGAAAGUCGGGCUAUUAUGUCAUACCUGGCAAAUCAAUAUGGUAAGAAUGACUCAUUGUAUCCAAAGGAUCCGAAGAAACGUGCGGUCGUCGAUCAAAGAUUGUAUUUCGACGCAUGCACCUUGUAUAAAUCUUUCGCAGACUACUACUAUCCUAUAAUUUUCGCCAAAGCUCCUAAAGAUCAAGCGAAAUACGAAGCUAUUGGUACGGCUAUGUCUUUCCUUAAUACGUUCCUCGAAGGACAAGACUACGUGGCAGGAAAGAACAUGACUCUCGCUGACCUGUCCAUUGUGGCCACCUUGUCCACGGUAGAGGCCAUGGACUACGAUUUCAGCAAAUAUAAAAAUGUGACCAGAUGGUAUGGAAAGAUCAAGUCGGAAGCUCCAAAAUACGAAGAGUACAACAACGCAGGCAUAAAGGCAUUCAAAGAGUUGGUGGAUAACAUGGCGAAGAAGCGAGCAAUCAUGUCAGUGGAUCUGUACUACACGCCAAUGAGUUCACCCUGCAGAGCGGUUCUCUUGACUGCCGAGGCCAUUGGUAUUACUUUAAAUUUAAUAGAAAUAAAUUUAUUUGAAGGCGAACAUCUAAAGCCAGAAUUUGAACAGCUGAAUCCACAGAAAACUGUCCCGUUUCUUGUAGACGGCGAUUACAAACUAUCUGAGAGUCGAGCCAUCAUGUCAUAUUUAGUUGAUCAAUAUGGUAAAAACAUUCGUCUAAAUCCGCAAACACCGGCUGGUCGAGCCUUGGUCAAUCAUCGAUUACAUUUUGAUAUUGGUACCUUGUAUAGGGGCAUGAAAAAUUAUUACUAUCCAGUCGUGUUUAAAGGGGCAAAUUACAAUCCGGAAUAUUACAAGGCACUCGAAGGCGCGUUCGAUGUCCUCGAUAAAUUUCUAAAUGGGCAAGAUUACGUCGCUGGACGCAAUUUGACCAUUGCCGAUCUCGCAUUGGCAGCCACUGUAUCAACAACGGAGGUUUUCGGUUUCGAGGUAGAGAAAUACGUGAAUGUUGCCAAAUGGAUGGAUAAAAUAAAAUCAUCCGCGCCAGGUUAUCGUAAAGCCAAUGAAGAAGGAUUAGAAAUAAUGAAAAGAUUGGCCGAUGAUGCGAAAAAGGAGUAAUCUAUGCCACUAUUGAUAUAUUAGCAUGUUAUUUGUUAAAUUUAAUAAAAUUGUAGAAAGUAGAAAGUAAUAAAGUAAGCCUUCCUUAGAAAUA